ACUGAGAAAUUUCCGAGCAAACCCUGAAGGCAUCAGUAUUGUACAGCAGCGGUGGUGCAGAUUCACUAGAAAGUCGCUCAUCAUUCCAUUACAAGCGAAAAUAAUUAGAAAAUCAAGCAACAAUGAAUGUGGAUCAUGAAGUAAAGGUGCUGGUAGAGGAAAUCCACCGACUUGGCACUAAAAAUGCCGAUGGUCAAACCAGCGUGACGUUUGGUACGUUGUUCCAUGACGACAGAUGUGCCAACAUCUUUGAGGCACUGGUGGGCACUCUGAGAGCUGCCAAGAGGAAGAACAUUGUCAAUUACGAGGGAGAGAUGCUUUUGCAGGGUGGCCACGACAAUGUUAAUAUUGUCCUGCUCCAGCAGUGAGACCGAAAUCAGGACCAGACGCAACUGUGGGUCUCAUUGAAUCCCUCCAAAGUCCUUUGAGUUUUUUGUGUCGCGUUUUAACCUCGAAUGCAAUGACCAAACAGAAAUGAGACCCAAUAGUAUAUCAGCAGACCCCAGAUGACACUUCAUCUUAAUAAGAUUUCAUUUGACAGUUUUGGCAAUAUUUGAGCUUCAUUCACGUUUUCAGAUGACAAAGAAAAAGUAUAGUUUCUCUCUUCCGCUGGUGCUGCCAUCUUAUCCUCAACCACGGGACAAUAAUAUCAUUUUUGAUGCGCUUUUACAACUAUAAAUGUAUAAAGUGUGAAUGUAAUUUUCUGUAUGUAAAAACAUUGAUUUGUUUAUUUGUGUGUGAAAUCUGUAGUAACUAUCACAACAGAAAUGCCUCUUUUGACGUCAACAGUGUCAUAUCGGGGCUCACAGGAGAGAUUAGCUAUAGCGACCAUCAGACUUGUUCUUCUUCAUAGGUUUAAUUGGGGUAUUUCAAUCGUUGAUAGUUACUGGGAUAUACUUGUUUUUAGGGCUGCAACUAACUAAUUAUAGUUAUAAUAGAUGAAACGAGUACUUGUUUGGUCUGUAAAAUGUCAGAAAAUGUUGAUCGGUGUUCACCAAACCUGGAAAUGAUGACGUUAUCAAUUUUUUUUUUUUUGUCCACAAACCAAAAUGAUUCGGUUUGAACGAUUUCUUUGUACAUAUGGAGCAAAGAAACCCCAAAAUAUUCACAUUUAAGAAGCUAAUUAUGGAUAAUUGUCGUUGCGGCUCUAUUUGUUUUUAAAGCUGCACUAGCAAAUUAUCAAUUAGGAUUUUCCAUAUUAAUCUAAUGCAGUUUUAAAACAGUGUGAACAACAAAAAUGUGUCCACUGACUGUGUCACCAAAUGGCCAUUCCAUUUCUUGUUCACAAAGAGCCAUUCAUACUACCUCCUGUGGAGUUUUUUGAAAAAAAAAAAAGACAACAACUUCUUUUUUUAUAGAAACUACAAAGACAAGUGCAAGUACAUUUCAUUAAAAAAAGAAGAAGCAGAUUUUGUACCUUUUUGUACCAACUGCAGUGUCUUAAAGAGUAGUUUUAAAUCUUUUCGUAUGUGGUCAUGAGGAAUUGUCAAAACUUGCCUUUUUUUUUGGAAGAAAUAGUUGAUAAACAAACAGAUGUGUGCUUUUUCUUUUCUUUUUCUUUUUUUAUUGCCGAGUCAUUACAGGGUGAUUGGCGCCAAAUGAGAAAGAUAAAUUUGUUCUAAAUCUCAGGACCAAAUUGAAACAACCAAAACAUGUUAAAUGACAACACAUGAUCCUCUUUUUUUUUCAUUAAAUUUAAUUCCAGCUGCUCGAUUGUUUCCACGCUGCCAUUAAUCCACACAACUUUAAUAUCAUUCUGCCACUUUUCCUUUUGUGCAAUAUUUGUCUGCCAUUUUAGGAAAAAAUUGCCAAAAAAAAGAAGUAACAUUUUACUUUAAAAAACAUUCCAACAUAUCAUCUGUAUACAUCAAAGUUGGGGGGGGGUUUUUUCAGUCAAUAUUGAGCCUCAUUAUGGGUUUGCUUUACAUUAACUGCUGUUUAAAUCUUCAGGUGUUGGUGGUUUGACUUGAAUUUAUUUUCUUAUUAUCUGUUUUAAGAAGCCAUUCCUUUGUUUAAUGAUUGUCUUAACUGUGUGUCGUUGCAUGAAUUUGGUGAAAUUGGGUAAAGUGAGUUUAAACCUAUGCUAAUUAUGAAUGAAACUGGUGGGUCACAUGACGCACAAUCCCAAACUGCUUGCCUUGCUGUCAUUUUCUGGAUUUUCUAGAUUAGCCUGCUGUUUAUGCUGCACACACUGUGUGUAUGUUGGGAGUUUAAGAUGGCUGUUUGGUUUUUAAGUGACAAUCGGGACAGUGCCAACAACCCGGGUCAUCUCUGAAAACUAACAGAAUGCCUUUACAAUGUUUUUAAGUGCGUCAUUACUGUUUGGGUUUUUUUGUAUGGGCAAUAACACAUUCCUAAGGAGGACUGAAUGAUAAAAUAAAUUCUUAACACUUGAAACCUUCA